CAGUGCGGUUCCGACAUGACCAGCCUGUUGUCCGCUUAGCUUACGGAAUUAGAACGUGUAAAUCAGUAUGUCACUGAACGGAGAGACGCAAUUGUCUUUUUACACAGGAAACUCUGUGCGGUGUUCUCUCCAGGUGAUUUUCUGAGAUACCGCAGGCGGGGAAAGGGGACAGGCAAAGCGGACAGCUAGGUGCCUCAGUUAAAGGGUCGCUGAAUGAAGUGGCUGUCGGCAAGGCACCGGCCAAAACAGUUGUACUCCUGUGCCUCUGCUGUAGAAAUGCGGAAUGAGUCGUGAUGCAUCAGAUACCCGGUGUCACUCAGUACAGGACGGGCAGGUUGCGGGGCGACCGGAGCGCGAAGGACACGGGCGGCCGCGACUAUAUUUUAUCCUAUUGACAGACGUUCCUGAAAGGACAUUCUUUCAGUAGCCUGCUGGAGAGGAGGCUGAGGGGAGUUGUCAGAAACUGCGAUCACGACUAACUAGGGCCAUCCUACGCUUACCAGGAUGAGCGCAAUUCGAGGCGGGGGGGCCACAUGGAGGCCGCAGCCCUGGCAGGACGGGGAUGGGGGCGGCGGGGAGCCCCUCUCUGACAGCGACUCUGAGGAGGAGGACUUCCCAGACGACAGCACCACCCCCCUAGGAGACUACAUCACUCACGGGCUGAAGCAGCUUCUGGAUGCUCAGCAGUUGUGUGAUGUGACUCUCCUAGUGGAGGGGAAGAAGUUCAUGUGUCACAGAGUUCUCCUGGCUGCUGUCAGUCCCUAUUUCCGCGCCAUGUUCACCAGCCCACUUGUGGAGUCCCGCCUCACUGAAAUCCGAUUGGAGGAGGUGACGCCAUCCGUCAUGGAGACAGUCAUCCAGUUCGUGUACACCGGGGAGGCGGGCCUUAGCCUGGACACAGCAGAGGAUCUGUUUGUGGCAGCCAAUCGUCUUCAAGUGAUGCCCCUUCAGGACUUGUGCUCCAGGUUCCUGUUUGAGCACCUCUCGGUGGAGAACUGCCUGGGCAUGUACUCUCUGGCCCGCUCGCACCACGACCAGCUGCUGCUGCGGGCCUCCCUGCGCCUGGUGGCCCAGCACUUCCCCCGCGUGGCCCGCCAGCACGACUUCCUGCUGCUGGACCCCGGCACGCUGGGCAGCCUCCUGGGCUCCGACCGGCUGGGCGUGGAGUCGGAGGCGGAGGUGUACGACGCCGCCCGCCGCUGGGCCGAGCACCAGCCGCGGCAGCGCUACCCGCACAUGCCCGCCCUGCUGCGCCACCUGCGGCCGGGCCUGCUGGCGCCCGAGGAGAGCCAGAGGCUGGCGCAGGAGCUGGGGCUGGGCUUUGGGGAGGGCCCCGGGGGGCCGCUGCGGCCCCGCGAGGGCAUGUUCGAGAAGAAGAUCGUCUGCGUGGACCUGAAGGCGCGGGAGGACGAGUCGCUGCGCGAGAGCGACUUCACGGUGGACUGCUUCGACCCGCGCACGGGCAAGUGGGAGAAGCUGGCGGCACUGGGCUCGCUGCUGUGCCCCGGCUGCACUGCCAUCGGCGGGCGCCUCUUCGUGGCCGGCGGCAUCCUGCGGGGGGGCCAGGUGUCGUCCUCCGUGCACGAGUACGACACCGUGCAGGACCGCUGGAUCCCGCGGCCCUCGCUGUCCCAGCCCCGGGCCAUGCUGGGGCUGCUCGGCUGCGGCGACACGCUCUACGCGCUGGGCGGAUGCAACCGGGCCGCGCUGCUGGACUCCUGCGAGAGCCUGGACCUGGCCUCUCUGCGCUGGGGCCCCGGGCCCCGCCUGCCCCUGCCCCUGCGCUCCUUUGCCUGCGCCGCCCUGCGAGGGCGGCUCUACCUCCUGGGCGGCACCACGCUGGAGCAGAACCGGGCGGUGGUGCACUCGGGCGUGCUCAUCUACCACACCCUGAGCCGCUCCUGGAGCCGGGUGGGCCUGGACUCGGGCGCCACCUGCCUGGCCGGCGGCGUGGCGGUGCGAGGCGGGGUGUGCGCUGUGGGCGGGUACCUGCGGGACGCCACCAAGUUCCUGGACGGCAACUACACCCAGCUGGAGCCGCUGGACGCCACGGGCCGCGUGCUCUUCUUCCGGGAGGGGCGGGGCUCCGGGGGCGAGCGGGAGGCGGCGGCCGAGCGGGGCGGGGGCGGGGGCAGCGACCGCGCCCCCAGCCCCGUGGUGUUCCCGGGGCUACCGCGGCGCAUCGCCGGCGGGGGGGUGGCGCGCUGGAAGCGCAGGAUCUACGUGCUGGGCGGCGAGAACGGCGCCCGUUUCUAUGACAGCGUGUACUGCUGGAAGCCCGGCUGGCGCAGCUGGGUGCAGCGGCGCGAGAAGCUGCCGGGGGACACCGGGGGGGUCAGCCAGUUCGGCUGCACCACCCUCAAGUUCCCCAAAAAACACAUCCUGUCCCGCCUGAGGCUGGCACGAGAGGACCGCACACACGACAAGUAGCAACAGAAUCAACAAAGGGCUCCGGCAAUGCAGAUGCCGUAUCUGCUUCACUCUGCCAUUCAGUCUGAAUCUAACUUUAUUGAAAACUGGUUUGGAGACACAGUGGGACACUGGUAUCUGAAUGUAAAGCAAGCGCAGUGUUCCACAACGGACCCAGCCGACUGCUACCAUGGUUUUGACCAUAGCAACAGAAAAAACUAGAAUGGUUGCACUAAUUAAAAGCCAUGGUCAGACAUGUGAGAGACUAGAGAGACCAUUCUAGAAAGGGUCAUUUUUUCCUAAUUCAAAUGUAAUUCUUUAUCAAUAAUAGAAGCCACUGUGAUUAUAGAAUGUCAAGAUAGCUCUCCCCUGCAAGCAUGUCCAUUCAGGACAUCACAUAGGAUACUAGAUCAACUACAACUUUCCACCAAUCUAGUAAUUCUA